CGUUAGAUACGUCACCCGCCAUUUACGCGUAGCACAAUAAAAACUCCGUAUCCAUUCUCUAUGUAUCGCGAGUUGACUGUUCUUUUUUGGUGUUACGUUUAAUUCAAAUAUGGAAUUACUUUAGACUUGAGUGGUGAUUGUGAUCAUAAUUUCUGGAUUUUGUUACCGUUGUUUUGUUUGGGCGCGAGAUUGAAAAGAGUUUUAUUACUGAAGUAUUCAUACGAAAAUCAAGGAAAUGAGGAAAGCUUCACUCGAGCUUUCAGAAACAUGCCCCAUCGAGACAAACUGACAUGGCGGCAGACAAAAGCUACUCCCGAAAUAAACAGCUUUUAAAGUUGCGGGCGCGCAUCCCGAGUGCGAGAUUUAAUUUUAGAACGGUGGCGGGAGGGAAACGGAUAUGGACGUCGGAUGCCGGGAUACGGAUCCUGCUUUUUAUUGUCUGCGCUGUCGGUUGUCAUGGUUACCAGGAACAGAGAUUCGCCAUGGAACCGCAAGAUCAGAGUGCGAUAGUGGGAUCGCGAGUCACUCUGCCCUGUCGAGUGGAGAACAAGGCUGGGGCGCUUCAGUGGACGAAAGACGACUUCGGGCUCGGCACACACCGGAACCUGAGCGGUUAUGACAGAUACUCCAUGAUCGGAAGCGACGAGGAAGGAGAUUUCUCCCUCGAUAUACGAGACGUUACUUUAGAAGAUGACGGAAGGUACCAAUGCCAAGUUAGUGGCGGGCUGAAUGGAGAGCCGGCGAUCCGAUCGCGGUACGCAAAACUGACAGUCCUAGUAGCUCCUGAUCCUCCGAGGAUAAUUCAAGGUGCCUUCGUAGAAGCAACGGAAGGUCAAUCUCUUGAUAUCGAAUGCGAAUCCGUGGGUGGAAAACCGGCUGCCGAGAUAACUUGGCUGGACGGCAGCCAAGCUGUGGUGAAGAAGAACGUGAAGAGUAAAUUGGAGUUGAUGGCAGAUGGACAAAGAUACAAAACAAGGUCGGUUUUGCGGUUGAACCCGAGCAAGGCGUACCACAACCAGACAUUCACCUGCCAAGCCCAGAACACAGCUGACAGAGCGCCGAGGAUGGCUACGAUACAUUUUGAGGUGAAAUACGUCCCGAAAGUGAAUAUAUCGUUCAGGUCUGGAGUGAUCGACGGUAAGAUACCGGAAGGUAAUGAAGCAAGGAUACGGUGCAGUUCCGAAUCGAAUCCUCCCCCUCGGUCCCACAGAUGGUACAUCAACAACAACCCGGUCAUAGGAGACUACACUGACGAGAUGAUUAUUUUCAACGUCACAAGGAAACAUAACAAGGCUGAAGUGAGAUGCGAAAUCAGCAAUACUGUGGGCACGAGCUCGGCAAAAGUUACACUGAACGUUGCAUAUCCUCCAAUUUUCCGCAAUCAUCUGCAUGACGUCGAGGCGGAUAUCGGCUCGGUUGUGACCCUUAGCUGUGACGUUGAUGGGCAGCCGAAGCCGGCGAUCAGGUGGCUUCUGAAUGAGCCUGGCAGGAUCGGGCAGGUUAAAGGAAAAUCCCCGAACUUGGAGAUAGUUGUGAACAAAGAGACGGCAGGAAAGUAUAUCUGCAAAGCGAGUGUCACCGGAUACCCAGAAAUCGAGAGUGAAGCUACUGUUUUUAUUAAAGGAGCUCCAAAGAUAAUUUCGAAUAGGACUCAGAUAGGCGCGGAAGGGGAGACGGUUACAGUUGAAUGCCUGACAGAGUCUGUUCCCAAGCCAGACUUCAUCAAAUGGUUCUUCGAAGGUCGGGAGAUCAGUGUGAUACAGGAUCCGAAUUACGCGAUACUGCAAGAAUCAUUGCCCGAUGGACUAGUUAAAUCUAGUUUGGUGAUCAAGGCUAGCCAGUCAAAGCAUUUUGGACUUUACAACUGCAGCGUUACGAACGAAUACGGUAACGCAAACGCGCCGAUAAUGUUGAAGCCUUUAAAGACCCUUCCACUGUACAUAAUCCUCAUCGGGGUUACGACCGGCAUCGUCGUCUUCUCCUCCUUCAUAAUUCUCCUCGUGGUCUGCCACAGGAGAAGAAGGAAGAAGAGUCAAAUGAACGAGAAGCCGGACGUGACCGUCGCGACCGGAGACGCGUACAAAGAGAGCGACAGGAGCUCUAACAUCAGCGACCUGAAGCUUCAGUUGCCGCAGAGCGACGCCAGCUACGACCUGGAUUACACGAGCUCUGAUCGCUCGGACACCAAGGCGCCGGUAGGGCUUCCCCUGGCUGGUCCGGUACCUCUACCUAACAUCAGACUAGACGACUUCAAUUACAACAAUGACUAUACUGACCCCGCUUACCACGACUAUGGUUAUAAGACUCCAGCCGGGUUCGUGUACGACUACCCACACGGCUACUCGCCCCCGGCGCACCUGCACGUGCAUUCCCCCCCGCCGCACGCCAGGUCACAACAGGGAUCUUUGACGCGCAGUAUAGAUACGGCGUCGACUCUUCCAUUGUCAAACAGCAAUGGAUCGCAAAAUAAUACCUUGCAACGAACGAACAAGCCCGAAGAAAGCGACGCCAUCAACAAUUUGGGUCUACCUUCUGGUGGAGAGGCAGGUCCACAAACGCCAAUCUAUGCGCAACCGAACCCUAGACCGCAGACUGCAGUCGACCCGCGGUACUCGGCUACCUACGGAAAUCCAUACUUAAGGAAUAGUUCAAUAGGUUACGGGAACCAGGUGCACACGGCGAAGCCCGCGGCCACGCCCGCACCGCCGCCAUAUUCCGCCGUCAGGAAUUCCGCACCGACAGGUAAUGGCGGUCCCGCCCAGGCCACCCACGUGUAGGCGGAACGCUGCUCCCGGGAAAUACAAAUAUAUAAAGAAAAAAAUGGGAAUAUAAACAUGGCGGACAACGUCAAGGGACACCAACGAAUCUUCGUACAGUGAAGAAUCGUGCUCGUGAAUUAUAAAUAUUCUCGUCAGUGAAUUCCCUUGGUCCAGCGGCUUCGCUAAGUAACGCCACUGGAGAUGCCCUAACGCCUCAAGUCAGUUGCUGACCCUGGGCCACAUGUCCCUUCAGGUCCGCAGCGGUGGACCGGCGGACGAUGUCUUGACCCAGACACGCUCCAUUGAAUCACUUCGAAAGACUUGAUGUAUUAAAAAUAAAUUUCUGUUUAAGACCUGUUUAUUUUAAUUGUGAGAAUUAAAAACGACGAAAAACAACAUUGUGUUAAAAUCAUUUUUAAUCACUGCUAUACUUCUAUAGCUAUACGUCGCUAUAUCUCCGCGGCUGCAGUGGACUGCUGACGCAAUCCUUGUUUUCGAUACAAUGCGAGGCGGCAAUGUAUAUUUGUUUCUAGUUAAUUAAUGUUUUAUUUGUGAGACAUUCGAGAUACGGCAGACGCUUUUGCUCAAUAAUACAUAUAAUCAAGCGACAAAGGUCAUAUCGAGUCGUAAAAGGCAAUUUGGUUUAAGCAAUAUUUUGGCGACUUUACUGAAGCUAGGAUGUUUAAUUGGAAAAAAUUAUCACAGGAAAAAAACUUCAUCAGCUAUUUCAAUGGUAAACUUAAUUGAAGUUUAAUUAAAAACAU